CUUGACUUCUUCUAAGGCUGCCCUUUGUCUCCACCAUAGGACUCCUUCCUCUUGCUUUGAAAUAUCCGAUGUAUUUGCUUUCUUCUUGUUUAUCAGACAAUUUUCAUCAAUCUGCACUCUCGGAUCCCGCAGCAUUUAAAUCAAUUCAAUUUGUAUCAUGCUUCCUCCCAUGAGGAAGAUGACCUGGAGAUGCUUUUGUUGCAUCUCAGGUGAAGAGCAACCGGAGAGCAGUGUAUGCAAGAAUAGGGAUUAUCCAUGGGAAAUAUACUCUCUUAAGGAGCUACUUCAAGCAACAAACAACUUCCAUCAGGACAACAAGAUUGGUGAAGGCGGGUUUGGAAGUGUUUAUUGGGGUCGAACAAGUAAAGGCGUUGAGAUUGCUGUUAAACGACUAAAGGCAAUGAGUGCGAAGGCAGAGAUGGAGUUUGCUGUGGAAGUUGAAAUUCUUGGCAGGGUGAGGCAUAAGAAUCUGUUGGGUUUGAGGGGAUUUUACGCUGGUGGGGAUGAGAGGCUAAUUGUCUAUGAUUACAUGCCUAAUCAUAGCUUGAUCACCCAUUUGCAUGGCCACCUCGCUGAAGAUUGUCUGCUAGAUUGGUCUCGGAGAAUGAGCAUAGUCAUUGGAUCAGCAGAAGGUUUGGCGUACUUGCACCAUGAGGCCAAUCCUCAUAUAAUUCACCGAGACAUCAAGGCAAGUAAUGUCCUCCUAGACACUGAAUUUGAAGCAAAAGUCGCUGAUUUUGGUUUUGCAAAGCUAAUUCCAGCCGGUGUUAGUCAUCUGACUACAAGAGUAAAGGGAACCCUGGGAUAUUUGGCUCCUGAAUAUGCCAUGUGGGGGAAGGUUUCUGAGAGCUGCGAUGUCUAUAGCUUUGGUAUUUUACUUCUAGAGAUAAUUAGUGCAAAAAAGCCAUUAGAAAAACUCCCCGGUGGAGUCAAGCGCGAUAUUGUGCAAUGGGUCACACCCUAUAUCCAAAGGGGUGCACUAAAUCAUAUUGCUGACCCAAGGUUGAAGGGAAAGUUUGAUCGAGAUCAGCUUAAAUCGGUGGUCAUAAUUGCAUUGAGAUGCACAGAUAGCAACCCUGAGAUCCGGCCGAGCAUGAUAGAGGUGGUGGAGUGGCUCAACGGUGGCAUCGGCAUCGGGAGGAGCACAAAAGAGGUAUCUUAUGUGGAAGACAUAGUUGAUGAGGCAGACGAAGAAAAAGAACAAAAGGGAUACCAAUUUUGAAGGGUUUGGAAUGGAACCAUUUGAAGUAAGUGAGUGCCGCAUGCAUGGGUUCCCAAUUAAAUCGAAAAUGAGAUCGAUAUUCUAGAUUUAUUUUGUGAAAUUGUAAGAUUCUUUUUACAAGUCAUGUAACUAAGCAAUGUGAAAGACAAUUUCCAAGGUACACAUCGGAGAUCAAGAGGUACGAUACAUUUCAUCAAUUUUA